CUCUUCAUCAUUAUCUGCUUCACAUAGACAUAAAUUAAAGUCGACAAGCCAAGCUUAUCUAAGCGGGAGAGGAAUGAAUCAAUCCUGAAACCGAACCCUAAUAUUUAGAGAGAGAAAAACCCUAGUCUUUUCCUUUACUCAUUUAAAUCUCCCAAUCGAUCUAGAGAGAGAAGAUACAAAGAUCUCUAUUUCAUUCAAUCCAAAACAAUCUAGUGGUUUCGAGAGAGAGGGAGUUCUUUGUCUCUCUGCGAUUAGGUGGAAUUAAGAACCGAUUCAGAACGUGAGCAAUCGUUAGAUUGAAAUUGAGGUCAAUCGCUGCAUGAGCGAUACGAUUGGAGAGGAAGCGAAUCGGUCUUCGCUCAGAUUGUAGGACGAAAAAUUGAGCACAUCAUGUCUGCAAUAGUGUGCGGCAAGAGAUCAUCAUCUUUCUUCGAAGACCUUCCAUCCUCGCCGCCCGUUGCCAAGAGAAUUCGCUGUUCUUCGUCGCCGGUUCGAUUCCCUCCCCCGAGCCCCACCACUGGUUCGCCGGCUAAUUUUUCACCAUCGCGCUCUUCGCGGCUCGAUCAUCUAACAGCUCUGUUUCCUGAUAUGGACAGACAGCUUCUUGAGAGAGUGCUAAAAGAAUGUGGUGAUGAUCUGGAUUCGGCUAUCAGAAGUCUGAAUGAGCUACGCUUGGGAUCUGCUGAGAAAUUGGGCUCUGCUGAUGGCAACACUGACGUGGAACAGGAAGUUCAACUUCAAACUCAAGGUUUGGCGACAAAUAAUGAUGAUGUUACUUCUACUGAGGAUGCAUUGGCUCAGCAAAACCUGCCGAUGGGUGGGGCAGAGUGGGUGGAGCUCUUUGUUAGAGAAAUGAUGAGUGCCACCAACAUAGAUGAUGCUAGAGCCCGUGCAUCCAGAGUGCUUGAGGUCUUGGAGAAGUCCAUUUGUGCACGUGCAAAGGCAGAGGCAACCCAAAGCUUCCAGCAGGAGAACAUUCUGCGGAAGCAACAAGUAGAAUUAUUGAUUCAUGAAAACACAAUCCUUAAACGAGCGGUGUCUAUCCAACAUGAGCGCCAGAAAGAGUUCGAGGAUAGGAGCCAGGAACUACAUCAUCUGAAGCAGAUGGUAUCUCAAUACCAGGAACAGCUGAGAACCCUUGAGGUCAAUAAUUACGCUCUUACGAUGCACCUCAAGCAAGCUCAACAAAGUAACUCCAUCCCGGGCCGUUUCCAUCCUGAUGUCUUCUAAUGAACCGAUAGAUAAUCUUUGGCACAAGGAUCACAUGCUAGUGUAUAUUUAAGUCCUACUCGGAUGGUAUUAUUAGUUAUAUCUGUUGGGUCCUUUGGGGAGUGGCCAUGCAGUUGCUGCCCUAUUUCAUGCCCAAUGAGUAAGUUUGGCUAAAGACCUCAGAGUUUGUGUUUCUCUGUUUCUUUUUAUUUUAAAUUGGAUUUGUUACUCACGAAUGUUGCAAGGUUUUAAAAAUAAUAGGACUCGCGUGUGUAUGCUUUCAAA